ACUUCACGUGGAGAGAUAUUUAACCGUUAAUCAGAAAUUAAUUUCUUCCUUUCAAUUCUUUGUGAAAAAUACGCAAAAAUCCAGAAAGAAAUCUUAAAAAUAAUUGUUUUAUUGAAAAAGGAGAAAAAUGUAAGUCAGUAUCGCUUAAAUACGUCUUAAAUUCAUUAUUAAAAUCGAAAAAAACAUUUUUGGAGACUUUUUGACAUUUGAUUCGUUUGUUUCAACUUCAUGUUCGUUUUCGCUGCAGUUUUUUCCGCAAACGCACAUUUUCCAUUCGGACAUAAUUCACAAAAUAUCCUUUAAAAGCUUUAAAAUAAUUCCCACAACUGUGAAGAAUGAGUUCUACAUCCGAAGAUUCCGCUAACGAAUCUAAUGGGGAGGAGCUGGAAUUGCCGGAAACAGAUCUUGAGGAGUCUGUCAUCAUACCUCGAAAAACCGGGAGGAGGAUGCGAGUGAUGUCCUCAUCAGAGGAAGAUGAUGAUCCGGUAAUUCUUUCGCCGAAAACUCGACGUUCCAUUGGUAUCCGGCACCCGAUGAGAUUAGCAGCUUCCGAUGAGUCUGAUUCGGAUCUUCUCGAGUCCGAAGAUGAGUUAGAAUCGGAACAUUCAUCGAGAGAACCGUCACACAUUGAGAACUCUAAUGGCCCGGAAGAGGACACCCCCACAGGUCCUCCAAGUGAAAACACUAUGGAUUCUCGAAAUGCCAGUAGAAGGAUGCGACUGAAGUCAUCAUCAGAGGAAGAAGAUGAUGCAGCAUCUGAAAAUUCCGAAUCAGAUCUUGAGGAAGAGUUGGAUUCAGUACCUUCUGUCAUGAAAGAAAUGACGGACAAAAUCGACUCAGUAACGUCGCCAGAUGCUUCAGCAACAGAACCAUCUCAUCCCGAAAAUUCUGAUGCUCCAGAAGAGGACACCCCGACAGGUCCCCCGAGGGAUAGCACUUUUAAGGAGCCUACACCAUCAAGCUUUGAGAAGAGUGUUUUUGGGAAAAUUCAAUCAACUCCCUGUGCUACUGGAAAUACUUCUUCGAAAUCCCGGAAUCGCCAGCAGAAUGAUAUGAAGGAAAUAAGCAAGAGAUUGGUCAAUCUGGACAUCACAACCGAUGAGAUUAUCUUGCUAUCCGAUGACUCCACCAAUGAUUCGAAUAAGCAACUUGUGUCCCCUGCAGUGCUGAAUGCUGAGAAGCAAAAACUCGAGAAGCUAUUUCAAGAUCAGCAGAAGACCAUGGAAUUAUACAAGAAGAUGAGACAAAAUCUUCCGGAUAAAGGGGCUCAAUUGCUGAAGAAGAAUAAAUCCAUCGAGGAAGAAGUUGAGCGGCAGUUGGAACGUAUUUCCCAGCUCAGCAUUAAGGAGGAUGCUGAGGAGAGUAGUAAGAUGGUGAAAAAUGCUGUGCAGGAACAGGGAGCAGUGUGCGUGGAGCUUCUGGAUGAUGGCAAUGAGUUCAAAGAGCGUGAGGCAAAGCUCACUACACAACGAGGCCUUAAAAUGUUGGAGACCAAGAAGAAAAUCACCGUGGGGACAAUUGAGGGUAUCCUGCAAUCCCUAAAGGAGACCCCAAGUGAGGAUAUGCUAAUGGAUGAUCCAAAAGGACUGAAGGUUACUCUUAUGGAUCAUCAAAAGUAUGCACUGACCUUCAUGACGUGGAGAGAGAAGAAUAGACCGAGAGGAGGGAUCCUAGCAGAUGACAUGGGCACAGGGAAAACACUCACAAUGAUAAGUCUAAUGCUACAGGAUAAGAUGAUGAAGGAAAAGGAUGGAAGUGAUGAUGGAGAGAGCCCCUCAACGUGGAAGAAGAGAGAUUCCAAUAAUCUCUACAAUGGCGGAACUCUGGUUGUUUGUCCGGCAAGUUUGAUGCAGCAGUGGUGCGGAGAAGUUAAGACUAAAUGCGUGCCAAAAGCUCUGCAGGGUUACCAGCAGCACGGAUCCUAUCGUGAGAGUAAAGCCCGCCGUCUGGCUAAAUAUGAUCUCGUUAUCACAACGUAUGAUACGUUGAGCUCGGAAUUUAAGAAUGGUGGAGCAAUCUUCGGGGUAAAGUGGCAUCGUGUGAUCCUCGAUGAAGGGCAUAUUGUCAGGAAUCACAAGACAAUGAUGGCAAAGGCGUGCUUUGAGCUUGUUUCACGAAAUCGUUGGGUCCUCACGGGAACACCCAUACAGAACUCCGUCAAAGACAUGUUUUCAGUCAUAAAAUUCCUCGAAUGUGAACCCUUCUGUGACAUCCACUACUGGAAUAUCUUCAUUGGAGACAAAACCUGCAAAGCUGAGGGAUACAAGAGGCUCAAUACGAUUCUAAAGCUCAUUUUGCUGCGUCGUACCAAGGCUGAGCUGCAGGCUAAGAAUAUUCUCCCGAGUUUGCCGAGUAAAGAGAUUAAGACUGUCGCAGUUUCACUGACACAAGAUGAAAAUAUUCUCUACCAAAAGUUCCUGAUAUGCUCAAAAGCUCUGUUUGCUGAAUUUUUGAGCCAGCGGAAUAUCCGCAUUGAUAAUGACGCUGUUUCUAAGAAGAUGUGGCAAAUUUUUGAUAAUAUCCAAUCCAACAUGCAUUCCGGACCGGUAUCCACAACGCUGAUCUUUGUCCUCAUUCUCCGGUUGAGACAAAUUUGCUGCCAUCCCGGAUUGAUGCAUAUUAAUUCAAAGGAAAACGAUCAAGAUCUCAAUGCAUCGAGUGGAGGAGAGGGCUCUGCGGUUGGGAUUAAUUUGGUGGAUGUUAUUGAACGAAUGGAUGUGGAUGGUGCCACCGAAGAUGCACGGAAUUUACGAAAAAUCAACAAAGCCGUGUACACAUUGAGCAAUCCGAGCUCGAAAAUUGCAGCAGUGAUAUCAGAAGCAAUCAAUAUCAUUGAGAGUACUGAUGAUAAGAUUGUUAUUGUCUCCCAAUGGGCAUCACUACUUAACAUCAUUGGGAUGCAUCUGUCACAGAGGGGGCUUGGCUAUCUACUUCUCACGGGAGCAACGAAGAUUAGCGAUCGUGGACCAAUAAUUGAAAAUUUCAAUGAUCCUGAUCAUCCAACGAGGGUGUUCCUGCUGUCUCUGGCAACAGGUGGAGUUGGAUUGAAUCUGAUCGGUGGCAAUCAUCUGUUUGUCGUUGAUCCCCACUGGAAUCCCCAAUUGGAAUUCCAGGCGCACGACCGAGUCUACCGGAUGGGACAAAAGAAAAAUGUCCAAGUGCUGAAAUUUGUCACCUCAGCCACCGUAGAGGAGCGUGUGGUCUCAAUUCAGCAGAAGAAGGUGGAAGUGUCAGAUGCAGUCCUCACGGGAGUGAGUAAGAUCAAGAAGUCCGGUCUGAGCAUGGCGGAUCUACGAAAGCUCUUCGACAUGUAAAUUAAGCAUUUCAUAAUUGGUUGAAUUUUGAAGGAUCCCUGUAAAAAAAAAGCCUGAAAUAAAUAGGAAAUUUUCCAUGAUAAAUCUGUUAAAAAAUGUUUUUUUCUCGUUAAAUUCUCAAUAAAAUCAAUUAAAGGUC